AGUUCCGCAGCGCUUCUCUGCCCGGGAAGGAAAACCUCCCGCACCUUGUUCUCCGCCCUGGCAGCUAAAAACGCGGAGCAUUCAGGAGUAGGAGUAAAUGCAUGGCCCAGCAAGAGCAAGCGGAGCCCAUUCCCUCCUGGGAGGAAGAGAUGUCAGGAGAAAGUGUGGUGAGCUCAGCGGUGCCUGCGGCUGCUACCCGCACCACUUCCUUCAAGGGCACGAGCCCCAGCUCCAAGUACGUGAAGCUGAAUGUGGGCGGGGCCCUCUACUACACCACCAUGCAGACGCUGACCAAGCAGGACACCAUGCUGAAGGCCAUGUUCAGUGGGCGCAUGGAAGUGCUCACCGACAGCGAAGGCUGGAUCCUCAUUGACCGGUGCGGGAAGCACUUUGGUACGAUCCUUAACUACCUUCGAGACGGGGCAGUCCCCUUGCCUGAGAGCCGCCGGGAGAUCGAGGAGCUGCUGGCAGAAGCCAAGUACUACCUGGUCCAGGGCCUGGUGGAAGAGUGCCAGGCGGCCCUGCAACAGAACAAAGAUACUUAUGAACCCUUCUGCAAGGUUCCCGUCAUCACCUCCUCCAAGGAAGAACAAAAACUUAUAGCGACUUCUAAUAAGCCGGCCGUGAAGUUGUUGUACAACAGAAGUAACAACAAGUACUCAUACACCAGCAAUUCCGACGACAACAUGUUGAAAAACAUAGAACUGUUUGAUAAGCUGUCUCUGCGCUUUAAUGGAAGGGUCCUCUUCAUAAAGGAUGUCAUUGGGGACGAAAUCUGCUGCUGGUCCUUUUACGGUCAGGGCCGCAAGAUUGCCGAGGUCUGCUGUACGUCCAUCGUCUAUGCCACUGAGAAGAAGCAGACCAAGGUGGAGUUCCCUGAGGCCCGAAUUUAUGAAGAGACCCUCAAUAUUUUGCUGUAUGAGGCCCAAGAUGGCCGAGGACCUGACAAUGCACUCCUGGAAGCCACAGGCGGGGCUGCCGGGCGUUCUCACCACCUAGACGAGGAUGAGGAGCGGGAGCGAGAGCGGAUUGAGCGUGUGCGGCGGAUCCACAUCAAGCGGCCCGAUGACCUGGGCCACCUGCACCAGUGAGCAGGCAAGCCGGCCCAGCUGCCUCCCACCUGCCCGUCCCUGCUCCGCGCCCCCUUGCCGCACUCAGAUCCUGUGCAGGCUCCCGGCACCCUCCACUCCCCCCGGAGCGCCUUCGAUGACAAGCAGAUUAUUUUGGUGUCUCUCGACAAGGUGUAUGCACCGCCGUCACUGAACAAGCUGUGUUUAAGGUCUCUACUUUUCACGAGACUCCAAGAACCUGGAAGCCAGGCUUUCUAGGUUCUCAGAGGAGAAGUAUGGAUGAGUGUGACGUGGACGUUAGAAUUUUGUUUGUGCAGUAUUUAUUUUUGUGGGUAUCGAUUACCUAUUUGCAGUUGGAUGACACUCCCUUAAAGGUUCAUUUUGACAGUUCCAAAAGGGCUUCUGCAGUUUGCGGCCACCAGAGGCGUCUGUGAGCUCCCAGUUGUAAACCCUCCAGCCUAGCAGACUGGCUCCUGUGCCUUUGUACUGAGCAAGGACCUUCACUGCUUUGCCAGAGUGCCGUCUGCAACGUGGUUGUGUGUGCCUGGACUUGCUGAUGAACAGUUGCAGCCUGUAGCAGUGGAAAUGUGAUCAAAGGAGCCUCCAGGUCCUUACUAGCAUGCUUUGGUGCAGAGCCUGGAAGGGCAAAGCCUUUUGCUGUCCUGGGCUGCUCUCUGGUUUGGCGCUUGCUGUGACCGCACGUCGUGUCUGGCUAGGAGCAGAGCUCUCCCUGACUCCUGCACCUUCCAUUGUUCUUCUUGGGGACCCUGCUCUGUUCCUGGAAGGCUGUCUGUCCUAAUUACAGGUGUAGCUCAAACCACGCUGCAAGGGACCCAGUCCGUGCCUUGGGCCUUCCUGUUGAGCUGCGAUCACUGCAGCGAGCGGGUGCCCUGCCCUUGGCUUAGACACCGAGUGUGGCCCUAGGCUCUCGGCCCUCCCGGCUAGCAUCUAGGCAGGACUGCCAGCAGCCCUCGGGGAGUGUCCCGCUGUAAACACAGCUGUCACUCAUCUUUGCUCUUGAUUGCUAUGCAGGAGAGUGGCCCUCAGUGAACAGGUCGGGAGGGCGUGCCGAUAUCUUUGGGUCCCGUUUGUGUCCGUGUUUGUUUAAGGGAUGUGUGCGACUGUGGCUGUGCAUGUGUGCUGUGGGGUGCGGGCGGCCUACGCCAGAGCCGGGCUGUCUGCACGGUGCCCGUGUGGGAUGGACGAUCUGGGUUACCUACCUCCUGGUCUCCGCGGUGCCUGCGAGGGAGAAGUGGUGAGUCGUGACUGAUGUGGUGGUUGAGACUAGACUAGGUAGAGAAGUUAGAAGGAAACUCGAGCGUGGCAGGCAGUGGGUGGAAUCGUCCCGGUCAAGGGAAUUGUUACCGUUUUAUACCAAAGGUAUUACUUGGGUAGCCUUUGACACGAUGUAUUCCAAAUAAACAAGUUUAUAUUUUGAA